ACUAGAAUACACCAGAAUAGGUAUGACCGGUUUUACCGAAGAUUGUAAACAAACCACGCGGAUAGUAGUACAGUAGUAUGCGCCGAGACUUUGUGAUAGCGGUUGUCAAUAAGGCUUCUUCCAAGCUAAUGCUAUCCGCCGAUAAACAUCAAAUGACACAGAUGCGUAGGUAUAUAGUAUACGUAUGGAGUAAAGUCCUCGUUAUCUUCAAACAUUUAUUUAUCGGACUCGGACUGAAAAUGGACGAAGACCGAGAGUUACAGAACCGCCGAAAAGGAUACAAAUGGUGUAAGGAAUCGGUUGGAGGAACAUGGGCAAACUUGGCAGAGGAUCAGUUUGAUCAUGGGUUUAGAGUAGUAAGUGGAGGUCUAACAAACUACUUGUACCUGUGUUCACUACCAAAGAAAUACCCACCACAGGGAAAUGAACCUAGACAAGUUUUGUUAAGAGUAUAUGGGGACAUUGCUAAAGACCAGGAGUUCCUGGUACGGAACACAGCAGUGUUUGCUAUCCUUUCUACCAAGAAUUUGGGGCCAAAACUUUAUGUUGCACAUGCAGAAGGGCGCAUUGAAGAAUACAUCCCAACCAAGCCACUGAGUACACGUGACCUUCAGAAUCCAUUCCUGUCUAAACAGAUCGCCCAAAAAAUGGCUCUGUUCCAUGCCAUCACGGAUAUGCCUCUUCAUAAGGAGCCAAAAUUUUUAGAAGAAAAGAUGUUUUGUUGGAUGGAGCAGGUGGAAAAUGUAUUCAAUAGCAUACCAACAGAAAAAGAUGUAGCUUCACAACGAUUGCUGUCCAAACUUCAGAGCUUUAAUUUAUCAGCGGAGCUCCAGAUAUUGCUAGAUACUUUAGGAAGUGUAUCCUCUCCAGUGGUGUUUUCUCAUAAUGAUUUACAAGAAGGUAAUAUCCUGUACCUUGAAGACUGUGAUAAUCCAGAGAGGAAAAUGACAUUUAUUGACUGGGAAUAUUGUAGCUAUAAUUACAGAGGGUUUGACUUUGCUAACCACUUCUGUGAAUGGUGCUAUGAUUACACUCAUUCAGAUUAUCCAUAUUUCUCCUACACUAAGGAAAAUUAUCCGUCACGGGAUCAACAGUACACCUUCUUCCGUCAUUACCUGUCCCAGCAGUCUGAUCUAGAGCCAACAGAAGAAUAUCUGCAGGAGAUGUACAGGGAGGUCAAUACCUUUGCCUUGGCCUCACACUUCUUUUGGGCACUCUGGUCCAUCAUACAGAGAGACAUGUCAGAGAUACAGUUUGGUUAUCUGGAAUAUGCUUUACUUAGGUGUGAGAACUACUUUGAUCAGAAAGAUCGACUUCAAAGUCUCUGUUGAUAUCUGGAAGCAAACACUACUGAUCUGGAGGAUCAACUUCAAACUCUCUUUUGAUUACUGGAAGCAAACAUUGCUGACCUGAAGGAUUGACUUUAAAUUUUCUUUCUGAGGACAGGGAGCAAGCAGUACUGAUAUUACUGUUACGAAACGAUGACGAAGAUAUUGUGUUCAAUAUAUACAUAAGAGAUGCUCAGAAUGUUAAUAAAUCACACAUUUGAUAUAAAAGACUUGCCACCGAAUGUGUUACCUAAAAUGAUCUAUGUAUGCUGUGAUUUUAAUCUAUAUGUUUCUGUUAUUAAUUGUUGAAUUAUAAAUUGUAAAGGUGUUGGUGCAUAAAGGAUAUAAUUGAUCAUCUUUUUAAAGCUUGAAAUGGUUUACAUUGCCAGUGUACAGUACUGAUAUUGUAGAUGUUAUAUUCAUCGUAAGAUUCAGCUUGGUUCUUCAUAUAUCACUUAUAAACUUAAUUGUUAUCUGAUCUCCACAUGUGUUCAAAGCUGGCAAACAGUACAUAAAUCAUUUAUGAAAUUUAUUUUCCUGUUUGAUUUUUAAACCUUAUAAUGGGUAGACUAUUGGAUUGUAAUGAAGCCAUUCUGAUUUUCCUUAAUUUGCUUAAUAUCUUUUUUAAUGCUAUUUGUUACGAUGUGUAAUGUAGUAAAUUAAAGUGUUUUGUAAGAAAACGUGGUCUGGUAAUUGGUAUUUCCAUUUAAUUAACUGUUAAGGGAUUCAGCCAUCUGCCUUCUCUCCUUCCAAUAUGGAUGAAUGUGAAGGGAUUAUAUGUCGUGAUUCAUAAGUAAAUAUUGAUAUGCCUUAUAAACUGUCCACUCUUUAACAACAAAUAAAGACUUUGUCUGGUUAACUUACAUACUUAUGCACUAUGAAGUUUUAGAAUUAAUCAGUUUGUUGACUGUUGUAGAAAAAUCCAAUAUUUCACUUAACAAGUAAAAUAAUAGUUUUUAGUUUAUUUAAAAAAGUCAACACUUUUAGAUUUUAUUUAUAUGUAUUUUGUUUAAAAAUUUGAUAUUUAUAGAUAUGGUGAAGUAGAUAUCAUACUUUCUUUUUACAAAAAUCCAGUUUCCAGUCACAGUAUUAUAGAAUUUGUCCCCCAUUUUCAACCUCUUUGGAUGAGAUCAGGUGAUCUCAUACAACUGAAGAUGGUUUUGAAGUUGGCAAUCACCAGUCUCUCUCUGAGUGUUUGAUAUCAUAAUAAUCUCUCCCGAGAUGUGAGAGACCCCAUCUUACCCACAAGGAGAUAAAUUUUCUUUUAUCAGGCUGGGCUUCUUAUCUAUCUUAUGUCCUCACCAUCUCAAUGUUUGGAUGUCAUUCAAUUUCAAAGAUAAGUGAAUCCCCCUAUCUUCCCCUAAAGUAUGACAAGCGUGUAUACAUCUAUAUUCAGGGUAGGAGAAUUAUUAAACAAUAUUAUGUAACAACAAUAAUGAAUUUCAUUUUCUUUCACAAUACGUUGUGUCAUUCCACUCUCAAACAAUUCUAUAAAUGUGCAGAUAGUUUGAUAGAUAAAUGAUCUAUACUACCAGUUUGUAUAUGACAUUUCAGUCUUUUUAUAAGUUGGUAAAUUACUUUGUGCAAAAGAGUGCUUUACUUAUCUGCAGAAAUUGAAAGGCAUAAUGAAAGAAAUCACAAUUGUUUUUGGAAUAAUUUGAUCUUAUCCGGAUUUCUAUCAAUUUAUUGGUGUGAUGAUAACAUACUCAUUUAUUUCUUGUCACAAUGUGUAAUGAAUUAUAAGAUUUCCACUAUUUCUGAAAUUAUCCUUUUUUGGAUAUAAAUUAGCAGCAUUUUGCCAGACCUAAGUUAUGUACACCUUUGUAUGGAAUAUGUCAAUUAGUCCUCAGAUAUAGGUAGAAACAGGUCAAACAAAUUUGUGAUUUUUACAUAUGGUAAUUCUUUCAUUCUUAUUAGGUUUUUUUUCUCAAAAGUUAAAGUGCAUUUUUUUUUUUUAUCAAUUGGACGUACAGUGAUAUCGGGAAUAACACCACAAACCAUACAGAAAGAAAGAAACAGAUUGCUUUUAUUGUAUGUUAACAGAACAAAUGGAAAGUGUUUUAAUGCAUGCAAUUUUAUUUUUCAUUAAUUUUAACCAUCUGUUUACACUUUAAGUGGGUUUAUUUGCCUAAAUGUGGUGGCUUUCGGUUAACCCAACUGAAAUGAUGUAGAUGGCACAGAUAUGCUCCAUGAUGGAAAACUCCACCAGAACUGGAUGUUGAACAAAAUAAUGUAAAACUGAAAAUGCACAGCUUCGAAAUGUCCAGUCGAACAGAAAACGAUAUAUCAAUAAUAAGAUACUUUUCAUUUUAUUUUGUACUGAAUAUUGUAACAUUAUCUGAAAUAUGAGUGAUCUGACCAAGUUUUAUAUGGAAGCUCCAAAAACUUAAGAUUUUCAUCCAGGUAUUUCUGGCACUCUCAGAAUACACAUGCCAAGUAUUCUGAGCCUUCCAACCUCAGUCCUGAUCUGUGCCUGGUGUUGCUCUUGGAGAUUUAAACCAGUUCAGCUAUAAAAGCAACCUUGUUCUUUAACUUUGAGGAUUGAAUGUCCAGUCGUGUAAAUAGCCUGUCUUCCUCUCAUUUGUCAAAAUUGCACAGAUAUUUUCAACUCACUUUUUAUGAUAUGAAGAGAAAAGCAAUUAAGAUCAAACAAGCAUACAUUAUCAUUACAGUUUUAGUAGUAACCUUCAAUUUCAAAAGCAAACCAAGGUCACAUAGUUGGUUUGUGUUCAGAAAAAAAGUAAAGAUUUGAAGGAAUUGCUCCACUGCAGACAAUAAAUAAGAGAUUUGUAUAUGGUUAAGACUGAGAUGUAAUUAAUAUGACACGCAGAAAUUGAUUUCUACUAAGCGUAAUUUCAUUUGUUUAAAAAUCAACAUGUAAUUACUAGUGAUUAGGAAAUAAUUUUCAUCUUCUUAUAUUUAUUUUUACAAUGUUAUUGUACCUGUGAUGAUUCGUGAUUUUGUUAAAUAUGUGUUAUUGAUUGUUUGUACUUUACAGCUUGCAAUCCCUUAUAAUCUACACAACAAGAGCUAUACAGUAAUGUAUUCUGAUGGAUUCCUUGCUGUAAGAUCUGCUUUUUGUUAAUGUAAUGGAUAAAAACCGGUGUUUUAUGAAAUUUUAAUUUGCUUGAUUAAGGAAUGGUAACAGGAUAAAUAAAGUGAAAAGGUGUGAUGUGUAAUGUGAUGUGGAUAUGUUUACACUGUUGUGUAGUGAUAGAUACUUCAAGCCACUGAUAUCAUUGGUAUGUAGACACUUCAGGCCCCUGAUAUCAUUGUUAUAUAGACACUUAAGGCCUCUGAUAUCAUUGGUAUGAAGACACUUCAGGCAUCUGAUAUCAUUGGUAUGUAGACACUUCAGGCCCCUGAUACCAUUGGUAUGUAGACACUUCAGGCAUCUGAUAUCAUUGUUAUAUAGACACUUCAGGCCUCUGAUAUCAUUGGUAUGUAGACACUUCAGGCCUCUGAUAUCAUUGUUAUGUAGACACUUCAGGCCUCUGAUAUCAUUGUUAUGUAGACACUUCAGGCCUCUGAUAUCAUUGGUAUGUAGACACUUCAGGCCUCUGAUAUCAUUGUUAUGUAGACACUUCAGACCUCUGAUAUCAUUGGUUUGUAAAUUCCUUAUACCUUAUGUAGGAAUUUAUCAAUUCUUAUAAUUACAGGAUGUUGUUUGAUGUGAGAUAAUUACAGGAUGUUUGAUAUUUGUGAAAUAAUUACAGGAUAUUUGAUAUUUGUGAGAUAAUUACAGGAUGUUUGAUAUUUAUGAGAUAAUUACAGGAUGUUUGAUGUUUGUGUGAUAAUUACAGGAUGUUUGAUGUUAAUGAGAUUAAUACAGGAUAAUUUUUGAUGUUAGUGAGAUAAUUACAGGAUAUUUGAUAUUUGUGUGAUAAUUACAGGAUGUUUGAUAUUUGUGUGAUAAUUACAGGCUGUUUGAUAUUUGUGAGAUAAUUACAGGAUGUUUGAUAUUUAUGAGAUAAUUACAGGAUGUUUGAUGUUUGUGUGAUAAUUACAGGAUGUUUGAUGUUUGUGAGAUAAUUACAGGAUGUUUGAUGUUAGUGAGAUUAAUACAGGAUAAUUUUUGAUGUUAGUGAGAUAAUUACAGGAUGUUUGAUGUUUGUGUGAUAAUUAGAGGAUGUUUGAUGUUUGUGUGAUAAUUACAGGAUGUUUGAUAUUUGUGUGAUAAUUACAGGCUGUUUGAUAUUUGUGAGAUAAUUACAGGAUGUUUGAUGUUUGUGUGAUAAUUACAGGAUGUUUGAUAUUUGUGUGAUAAUUACAGGAUGUUUGAUAUUUGUGAGAUAUUAUUUUUGUAUGAGAAGUUUUAUUAGAAUACAAGUUAAGUAGUUCAGUAUAUAUGAUGAUAGCCAACACUUUGACAAGAAGAAAUGAAUACAAAUAUAUUGAGGGUGAUGUAUUGGUUUACCAGCUGUAAACCUAAUGUUUUAAGUGCAAUGUUACUGCCAUCUUCCCUGUUAUAAUGGUUAAGACACUGGUCCUGUUCAACACUAAGGAUGUAUACAUAAUUGCCAAAUGAUCUUGCCUCGUUUAAGAAAGUUUUAAUUACCUUUGGCUAUAUGCUUUGCUUGUUUUAUAGCUUAUAACAAACUUUGUGAUUUCUGUGAACGCUUUUUAAAGAUUCUAAUGAGUUUACAACUUUCUAUUGUCUUCAAAUUGUUGUUUGUAUGCUCUGUUAGUGUUACUGGUGUUCAUUUGUUUCAUUUUAAACUAUCUUCAUAUACCGGUUUAUAUGUAUAAUGUGUCACAUAGUUAAGAAAAAAAUGUCCCCCUUUAUAAUUACAGGGUAGUUAUUAAUAAGACAUACAGGUCUAUUAUGCUUUUUCAAUUGAUUUUUUUGUGUAUUCUUUGAUGACAAGACUUUUGUGCCUUGUGUCUACAUUACAUAAGACUAGCUAUUGAUAGUAACGUUAGAUAGUAAAAAUCACUUACAUCACAGAUACUUCUUUCUUAUCUCAGUACAUGUAUUUCCCUGUACAUGUGUGUACCUGUUGUUUCAGGGAAUAUGCAAUCACGAACUUCGAUAUGAAUCCAAGUCCAUGAUGCAGUAUAUGUCACAUUUUCAAUAAGUAAUUACUGUGGGCUUUAGCCAGCAAAUAUUGAAAUUGUCGUAAAUGUAAUAUUCUGAUAAUUAAAUUUAUUGAAAUUAAAGAA